AUGGGACCCUUCGAUCAUGCAGGCCGUAUCGACAAACUCCCAUUACUGAUCACAAUCCUCAUCCUCUUCACCCUAACCCUCACCCUCGUCCUCACCCGUCUCAUCCUCCUCAUCCGACACCACACGCCCUUCCACUUCGACGACUACCUCAUCCUCCUCGCCACCCUCUUCCUCAUCGGCGGCGUCUCCCUCCUCCUAACCUUCAUCGACGAGAUGUAUCUCUUCGAAGCCGUGCUCUUCGCUUCUCCCCUGCCCGCCCUCCCUUCAAACUGGAUCGCUCAGGGGUACGAUUACCAUGAACGCGCUGUGGGGGUCAUGAUCGUGACGUGGGCGGUGAUUGUGAGCGUGAAAAUGAGUUUUCUGGCGUUUUUUAGGAGGCUGAUUAGGAGCGUGGAGGGGAUGAGGUGGUUGUGGUGGACGGCGGCGGGGUUUAAUGGGGUGGUGGGGGGGUAUGGGUUUAGUGUUUAUGUGGCGAGUUGUCCGGUUUUUGGUAAUCCUAGGAUUUUCCAAUGUACUACCAGUGUUCCACUACGAGCAGCAGUAGGCUACUCACUCGCUCAGAUGGUACUUGAUGUAGUAGGAGAUCUUCUGAUAAUAGCCAUCCCCAUAAAACUAAUCCUCGCCAUCAAAAUCUCCCCGAAAAAGGAAAUCUAUCUGACCCUCUCCCUCUGCCUCACCGUGAUCCUCAUAAUCGUCACCAUCAUCCGUGCCUCGGGUCUCGUCAACAAGGGCAAACUCGAUACCACGUGGGAGAUAUUCUGGCAGAUCAUGUCAGCGGAGAUAGGCAUCAUGAUUGCUACGGCUACGACGUUUCGCGCGUUGUUUGUGGCAAGGGAUGCCGAGAAGGGGGUGGCAAGUAAAGCGAAGCAAACGCCGGGGUCGACGAGUUCACGGACUUUGACGAAGAAGAAACCAUCAGAGAAGAGUUAUGAAGAGGAGGUUGAAGCGGGAAGCCACCUCGCAGACCUCCCACCACCACAAAACGCCGUCUUACCUCCCCAACGCACCGUGCUGCCCGGAGUCCACACCUCGAUCGAAGGCCGCAGCUCGCGACGUGGAUCACGACAAGGCGAUGAGUUCGGGGCGUUCGACGUGAGUCCCACGCAUGCGAUCUUAGCCGAGUAUGAGCGCGAGGAUCGCAUUUCCGAGGAGAAUCUGGCGCCGAAUACGAUUGCGGUGAGGCGUGAGGUGUGGUCGAGUUCGGAAACUUUAAGUGUUCCUCUGGUGGAUGAGAUGGGGAUGUGA